GGGCCAGCUGCAGUUCUGCUAGACAGGAGUGCGCUGACACUCCAGAAGCGGCGAGGGCUGCGUCCGAACGUAUAUUCAACAUAAUAAUAGACACAAACAAAUCACUACGAGUAUAUGCAGAUUUUUUUAUUUUAUUUUUUUGUUCGAGAAAGUUGAAGACUUAUGAUACGUGCACCUUUAUUCUUGUCAUAGCGAAUGUGUAAAAUAGCGCGCUCCUUCACACACCGGUAAAUUAAACUGAGUAUGAAUUUGCACGUGUUAAUUGUCUGCUAUCCGGAACUACCAUCUAAACUCGUGCCAGGACUCCCGACCUCAGCCUGAAGAUACAGGGCAGUGGAGAGCUCACUUCAGGCCAAACCGCUGCUCGUCCUCGCCAUGGAAACAGACCCAGCGAGCCGCCGCUCGAGCGCCAGGACCGGGACCAGGCCCGUCGGCCCUGCCCAGCUGUGGGCGUGUCUGCUGGGGACGCUGCUCUGCAUCCUGCCCGCCACGGACUGCGUCAAGCAGACCAUACCCAGGGUCAAGCUGGGCUUCAAAGAGCUGCUGGUCUCCGGCAGUGUGGCCCCCUUCCUGGGCGGGGGGGAGGUGGAGAGCCUGCUGCUGGACGAGGAGAGGGGCCGGCUGCUGCUGGGGACCAGAGACCACGUCUUCCUGCUGGACCUGGAGCAGCUCAACAGGAACCCCAGGAAGGUCAGCUGGCCGGCUCCCAGAGACACGGUGGAGAUGUGCAAACUCGCCGGCAAAAACGCGCACACGGAGUGCGCUAAUUUCGUGCGGGUCCUGCACAGCUACAACAGGACGCACGUGUACGCCUGCGGGACCGGGGCCUUCAGCCCCCUGUGCGCCUUCCUGGAGAUUAGGGGCCAAGGAGAGGACACCGUGUUCCACCUCCUCCCGAACAGCGUGGAAUCCGGGCGGCUGAAGUGUCCUUUUGAUCCCCGCCAGCCGUUCGCCUCUGUUCUAACAGACCAGUACCUGUACGCGGGAACGGCGUCCGACUUCCUGGGAAAGGACACGACCUUCACCCGCUCCCUCGGCCCCGCCCACGAGCCGCAGCACUUCCUGAGGACGGACAUAUCCGAGCACUACUGGAUCAACGAGGCCAAGUUCAUCGCCGCCCAUCCCGUCUCCGACACCUACAACCCGGACGACGACAAGAUUUACUUCUUCUUCCGCGAGGCGUCUCGGGACGGGGGCUCCGGUGACAAGAGCGUGCUCUCCCGCGUGGCCCGGGUCUGCAGGAAUGACAUCGGGGGCUUGAGGAGCCUGACCAGCAAGUGGACCACGUUCCUGAAGGCCAGGCUGGUGUGCUCCAUCCCGGGGAGGGACGGGGUGGACACGCACUUCGAUGAGCUGCAGGACAUUUUUCUGCUCCCAACUCGAGAUGAGAGGAAUCCCAUUGUGUACGGAGUCUUCACCACCACAAGCUCCAUCUUCAGGGGCUCGGCAGUGUGUGUGUACAGCAUGGCCGACGUCCGCGGCGUUUUCAACGGCCCGUACGCGCACAAGGACGGGCCCGACCAUCGCUGGGUGGAGUACGAGGGCAGGAUUCCCUACCCCCGGCCCGGGACCUGUCCGAGUAAGACCUAUGACCCUCGGAUAAAGACGACCAAAGACUUCCCCGACGAAGUGGUGAGCUUCGUCAAAUACCACCCCAUGAUGUACAAGGCCGUGUACCCGGUCACCGGCAGGCCCCUGUUCACCCGCAUCAACGUGGACUACCGGCUGACCCGCAUCGCCGUGGACCGCGUGGCGGCCGAGGACGGCCAGUACGCCGUCAUGUUCCUGGGGACAGACGUGGGCACGGUUCUGAAGGUGGUGAGCAUCACGCAGGAGAACUGGGUCACGGAGGAGGUGGUUCUGGAGGAGCUGCAGGUGUUCCAGACUCCCUCUCCCAUCGUGAAUAUGAAGAUCUCCUCCAAACAGCAACAGCUGUACGUGGGGUCCCGGGACGGGCUGGCGCAGGUGUCUCUGCACCGCUGCAGCCUGUACGGCCAGGUGUGCGCCGAGUGCUGCCUGGCGCGGGACCCCUACUGCGCCUGGGACGGCGCCCAGUGCUCCCGAUACAUGCAGGCCUCUAAGAGGCGGGCCAGGAGACAGGAUAUCAAACAUGGCGACCCCUCAAGCCAGUGCUGGGAUUUGGAGGAGACCACAGCGGGCGAUCGGGUGGAGGAGAAGCUGAUUUUCGGGGUGGAGCACAACUCCACCUUCCUGGAGUGCGUCUCGAAGUCCCAGCAGGCCCAGGUGCGCUGGUUCCUUCAGCGUCCCGGGUCGGAGCUCUGGGAAGAGGUUAAGCCGGACGAGCGGGUGAUCCGGACGGACCUGGGGCUGCUGAUCCGGGCCGUCCACCGGCGGGACGGGGGGCUGUACCUCUGCACGGCCCAGGAGCACUCCUUCACCCGCACCCUGCUGCGGGUGGCCCUGCGCGUGAUCGACCCCGCCCACGCCGAGCCCCGCGACCCCGCCGCCGAGGCGCGCCAGCGCUACAAGGACUACCUGCACCUGAGCGGCGGCCCGGCGCCGGGCCUGGACCGCUACUGCGAGACGCUGUGGGUACGCGAGCGGCGCCAGCGGCAGAAGGCCAAGUGGAAGCACGCGCAGGAGCUGAAGAAGAUGAGGAACCGGCGGCACCACGCCCAGCCCGAGCCCGCGCUCACAUAAGGGCACGGUGUGGAGCAGCGGGGGAGCCCAGCCCUGCGGGAUUCAAUCCUCUGGCCGUAUAGCGGAAUUCCAUAUCCCCGGUAUUCAAACCAAACAUUGAAUAUCCGCUAAAUUAUAAGAGAUGCGUAUUUAGCGGUGGUCUUCCCUUUCUGACUGCACCUUCAAGAGGAUACAGUGUCUGAUGAAUGAAAGAGAGGCAUAAAAUGAGUGGACGGCCCAUUUUCACAUUUUGAAACAAAUUUUGUUUUUUUAAUUAUUUGCGAGGCCUUAGUGGUUCUGGUUUGAAUACCGGAGAAUGGAAAACCGCUAUAGCGGAAUGAUUGAGACUUGUUCAGACGCUGCAGGUCUGCACCGACCUGCUACAUGAGACAACAUGAGGCAACUGAGAAUAUACCUCCCUACACCAGCUGCCCCUGUCUGCAAAUGAAAUGCCUUUGCUUGUGGCAUUACUCCACGCAUGGGGUGGCUUAAUUAUAACCAGAACGACAAUGCAUUCAUGUUGAAUAAGUGUAAAAAGUCCAAUGUGCUUGUACAGGAGAGCAUGCGUGCUUUAGUGUUUCUGUUAAUUAUAUAAAUACUUGGAAGUCAAAUUUUUGUAACCAAGCAUUUUGCAUAGGUCAAUGAAAAUACCAUAUUUUUGUAUGAAACUUACACUAAUAGGUCUACCAAUAUUUUCUGUUUUGUAGGUGAUGUAGCAAUUAAAUAUUAUUAAAAUGUUAUUUAUAUUUA